AUGCUAGAGAAGCUGGGGGAGGAGGGAGUCGAUUUUAAUACACCGAGACCGCAGGAUGGUUACUAUGCCCUUGAUGCUUGCGCUUGGUCUGGAAACGAGGAUGCCAUCAAGAUGCUGCUCCGGCAUGGUGCUGAUCCCUCUAUUACCUUGCAGGCUGUGGUAGGAGCAGCCUCAUGGGGAGAUCCGGACCUGCUGAAGGUCCUCCUGGAUGCUGGUGGUCCUGUAGACCAGGAACUCUCCAACGAGACUGCUCUUCGCUGGGCUGUCCAGUAUGGCCAUGAGGACUGCGCCAUACUUCUGGUCCAGAAGGGCGGCUGGCGGCUCGAAACCAACCAGGAGCUGGUUCUUAGACGAGCCAAGGGAAGAAAGAUGCGCAAGCUUCUCGGGAGCAUUGCGCAGGUAGAUCCAGAUCGUGCAGCAGACUGCGUGGGCUCGGCGGCUAUGCUGCAGGCUUUGCAGCAGGCAAAACGCUCACAGACUAAUGCCGCAGUUUCUUGGGCCGCCUCUUGCUUCCAUCUGCAGGUGCUGCAGCAGCGGCAGCCGGUGCCGCACCUGCUGAACAACAAGGCAUGGCUUGACAUGGUUUAA